UUUGCCAGUGUUGCGAAAAAACGCCGGGAUGACCGCUCCUGCUUCUCUCUGGUGUGACUGCCCAGCCCAGUGCCAAGUGAUAACGAAUAAUAACGCGAAUGACAAGCUCCCCCCAAGGAGGACAGAUAUCUUGAAUGUGUACGACUUGAGUUGGAAAGCGCGAAGGAGGCCAGGACGGGACGGGGAAGAGAAAUGACACACACGCCAUUCGCGGCCAUUUAGAGAAAAGAGAUAAAUAUGCGCUCGCGAAUAUCGACAAGAUGGAAUAAACAGAGGCGAAUAGAACACAAUAUACCUAGGGAUACCUGUUAGACGUAUAUAGAAAGACGGAAGCAGACACCUGUUGCCGCCGCGGCCGGCCGAGUUAGGCGAGAUCGCGAUUGUGCAAAUGCGCAAUGGCCCACUUGCUCAAGAACCUGACCAACAGUAUCUGGCAUGCAUUUCACGCUCUACAGGCCGAUGCCACCAACACGGUCGCCAAAUCCAAGUUGAAGGUGUUGACAGCCAACAUUGGUACGUUGAUGGAUUUAUAUGGCGUGGAGAAAGGCCUGGAGCAUUACCGGAGUACGCAGAGUUUAACGUUCGAUCAGUACAUUUAUUAUUUACAGAAAGAAGUGUUCUCCUCUGUGACCGAUGCUACUUCUGCACAAACAUUGAAGACAUUGGAAGAAGGAAUAGAUGAGAUUUGCUGGCUGGUUUGUAAAAAAAUUUACUUGGAAAGAUCCCAUCCAGUUUUUCACGAUCACAGUGUUUACCAAUUGUUCAGAAUUUAUUGUCUGCUGGCUGAGACAGAAUCAGAUACAACAGAUUCUUAUCUGGUGAUAAUGCAUGGUGACGAGGUGGCGCGAAUCGCUUCUCAUCUAGUAAUGUCUUUAGGUCUGCAAUGGGACGCGGCAGAUUUCUCGGCUCUAUCAGCGGCUAUUGGGACAUUUAGGUUUCCCACAUUUUUGGCGCUUUUGGAAUCCAAGUAUAGUGGUGGUAAUACUUUGGACACUAUGGCAUUGACAGAGGCGAUUGAUGAUCUCUAUCAGAUUUACAUAGAGAAUGUUGUGAAAAAGGGCUACUUGAUGAAAAAAGGUUUUCUGCUGCCAACGUUGCGGUACUUUUGGUUUGUGCUACGUCCUGGUGAAUUGACAUAUUAUAAAGAUCCCCAGCAAAAAGAGCCGUCUGGAUUAAUACUGCUGAAUGCAAAUUGUUGGGCCGAUAUUUUGACAAACAGCGGAAAGCCUGAUAGAAGGUUUGUGCUCAGCACUCCCGAACAUAGAUGCAUAGAGCUAGUAGCAGAGGAUCACAAAGGCAGGCUGCAGUGGCUUGCGGCAUUACAAACGGCCAUUCAGUAUUCAAGCGAGAAAAUCGGCUAUCAGAGAAGUUUGGCCAGUCAAAGAAGAUCCUUGCGACAAGCUACUAAACAGGAGAAAGAAGAAACCAAAUUGGAACUUCAGCAUGAGAGGCAAGCUAGAAUCGCCGCCGAAAUACAAGCUCGGAAAUUGGAAACUCUGUCGAAGGAGGAAGGUGCUAAGGUUCAACAACUCGAAGAUAUUAAACAGAAGCUAGAAUUGCUCUUGCAAGAGGAAAAACAGGCUCUCCGUGACGAGGAAAUAGUGCGAAGCUUACAAGCGAGAGUACUGCGCGAAGAAUGGGAAAAGAGAGAACAAUUGGAGAGAUUGCAGCAGGAACAGCAGGAAUUAUUGGAGAUGGAGAAAAUGAAGAGAAUAGAAUUUGAACGAAUGCAGAAGAAAAACGAGCAGCAGUUGCAAGAUGCUGAACUGCGACUCCAGCAGCUAGAAGCAGAAAGGGAGCAUUUGGAUACCGAAUUACGAGCUACACGUGAAAAAGUGAAACGCGCUGAAGAGGCUCAACUUCUAUUGGAAGCACAAAUCGUCACGACACGUCCUUUAAGAGGAAGUGAAAGGAUUCGACGUACUCAGAGCUUUAUCCCAACAACGAAAGAGCGGCCGUUGUCCGUAGAGAAAAUCGACAGUAGACCUAUGACAUUGCAGAAGAAUAUAUGACAUAUUGGUACAUGGCGCCAUUGAUAGUUAACAGAUCGAUGUAUUUAUCGCCCGAGUUACAUUCAAGUCUUCCACCAAAUAGAGUAACACAAAGAGCUUAUAGAAUCUAUUAUACGUUGCAGGGCAACUAUGUUAUAUUUUCGCGAAGAAUGCGAGAAAAAUCCAUACGAGCUCCGAAUUCCAUAUUUUAUUUUUGAUGCCUUGCUUCAUUUGCAAUCUUAGCCAAAAAGUAUUUAGUGUGUGUGUGUGUGUGUGUGUGUGUGCGUGUGUGUGUGCGUGUGUGUGUGUGUGUGUGUGUACAAAUUUUGUAUACGCCAAUUUCCAUUCCUUAUUAUCUUGGAAAUAAUGUAAUUUAUAUCUUGUAGAUAACAAGAUAUAAUUUCCACUUGACAUAUAUAAAUAUAUACAUUUUUUUUCUCGAA